GUGUGGAACGGGUCGCACAAGCAUCCAUCAAUGAAUAACCGAAAAGAAGACAUGGAGAUUGCCUCCCACUAUCGUCACCUUCUCCAGGAGCUCAACGAACAGAGGCAGCACGGCAUCCUCUGUGACGUUUGCAUUAUAGUGGAGGGGAAGAUCUUCAAGGCGCACAAAAACGUCCUCCUCGGGAGCAGCCGCUACUUCAAGACAUUGUACUGCCAGGUGCAGAAGACUUCCGACCAAGCCACGGUCACUCACUUAGAUAUCGUAACGGCGCAGGGCUUCAAAGCCAUCAUUGACUUCAUGUACUCGGCGCACCUCGCGCUGACGAGCAGGAACGUUAUCGAGGUGAUGUCGGCCGCCAGCUAUCUCCAGAUGACCGACAUUGUGCAAGCUUGUCACAACUUCAUAAAGGCCGCUCUCAACAUCAGCAUAAAGUCCGACACGUCGGACGAUCUUAUCGACUACGAACUCGGGGCCGCUUCCAACAGCAGCGCGGAUGCUUUGAUCUCAGCCGUGGCGGCUGGCCGGAGCAUAUCUCCCUGGCUGGCCCGGAGGACGAGCCCCGCCAACUCUUCUGGCGAUUCGGCCAUCGCUAGCUGUCACGAAGGAGGAAGCACGUAUGGGAAAGAGGAUCAAGAACCCAAAACAGAUAAUCACGAAGAUAUUUCGUCCCAGUCUCUUUGGCCCAGCGAUAUCGGCUAUGGCUCCUUGCGCAUCAAAGAAGAGCAGAUCUCUCCGCCUCAUUAUGGAGGGAAUGAGUCCGCCAAAGACAGUGCAAUACAGAAUUCUUUCUCAGGACAAGGCGCGACUGAUGGUUGGCAGCCUACAGGGCGCAGGAAGAAUAGGAAAAACAAGGACACUGUGCGGCAUAUCACACCACAAUUGGGGACUGAUGAGAGGACAAGAUCUCCAGUGCCGUCUUUCCUUUCUGCCUCAGAGUGGCCGUUCAGUAGUCAAGAAGCAAGUGUCGAUCUUACAGAGACGGAGCCCGGCAGCUCUGACGGCAGAAUAGAGAGAGUGGACCUCUACGCCAGCGUCGACGAAGCACUCCUGGCAGGUGAAGCCAGCUAUCUCUCUCAGCCUCUGACCCCAGAGAAAGAGGAGGCGCUCCAGGCCGUGGCGGUGGCGAACCUGCGGGCGGCUUUGAUGAGCAAGAACAGUUUGUUGUCCCUGAAAGCCGACAUGCUGGGAGAGGAGAGUUCUUUGCUCUUCGAGUACUUGCCCAAAGGCACACACUCGCUGUCUUGGCCCGGCAGCAGCUUGAGCCGUCCAAGGGGCGAAUGUGAUGGCAAAGUGGAAGCCCCCCCUCCCCUGCUGCCUUCAUCACACCUUGCCACUCUGAGCCCCCACGCCCUCAUCACCUCUUCUGGCGAUACAUCGCCAGACACCUCCCAGAGAGCGUCUUCGACUCAGGUCACGUAUGAUGGAUUUUUAGCGUUGUGGCAAUUAGACAGCUCCGACACAGAUAUGAACGCUUCCCCCUCUGAAGACAUGGACUUGAGCCACGAGGGUUUCCUCUCGAAUUCUCCCGUCCCCAGAAGGCUGACUUGCGCUUUCUGCAGGAAAACGUUUGUAUGUCUGGAGAAGCUAAAGGAACACAUUCACGAGCAUUCUUUCCCCACGAUCGUCCCUUUGGAUGUCGACUAUCCCCGGCCCCUUCUGGCUGACCUAGCAGAGCAUCUGACUCCCGGUCAAUUCCCCCGUUUCCAGUGUCCGAAAUGCCCUGCGAGCUUCACGCUCAAAUCCAACAUGGACCGGCACGAAAAGACGAUCCACUUCAACCGGAAGAAGAUGCAGUGCCCUCGCUGCCUCAAACUCUUCCGAGACAAGACAGACUUGAACCGGCACCUGAUGUCCGUGCACUCCCGGGAACGCUCGUUCGCCUGUCUCUUCUGCGGGAAGGGCUUUGGCACGCAGAAGAACCUCGCCACUCACAUGAAACUUUGCUACCUGGGUUCAGUGCAGCCGGUCGCUGAAGAGCUUUUGAAUAAUCUUGAUCAGGAUCAGGAAUCUGAUGAGGAAUAGGACCAGGGGUGGAAUUCUAGCCGGAGCUCCUUUGCAUAUUAGGCCACGCCCCCAUGAUUUAGCCAAAGAGCCUUGUAAGCUCUUGGAGGAUUGGCUACAUCAGGGGUGUGUGGCCUAAUAUGCAAAGGAGCUCCUGGUAGAAUUCCACCCCUGAAUAAGAUGGAUGGUGACCUCUUUGAUAGCGGGAUCAAAUUCAUAAGGGGUUGUGUCCAAACCCCUAGACCUGCUUAUGACAGCAAUCCCAGACCUCAGGACAAUUGCUAGGUGGUGGGAAAGAGCCAUAGAUUUGUAUCCAACGGAUUCCGCACACAAGGAUGCGUUCCUUUCCUGUCCUUCACCCGACAGUCCCUUGCGCCCUCCAAAACACUGAUGCUGGAGGUUGUGGAACUUGUAGAGGCAAAAAGUUACCCAGCUCAGGGGUCUGUGGAGGUGGAAACCAGACUGUUUUCAUCAGCGUAAAUGCCGUUGGGUUUGGGAGCAGGGUGUGGGCUCCCGUUUGCCCCCUGGGCUGCAUGGAUUUUGUUUGCACGGUCCCACAGACUCCAGCAUCAGUUCGGUCCCUGUAUGCACGCACUCCGCAGGAUCCAAACCACAAUUCUCCAUAUCUCUGGUUCUGGGGCCAGUAUCCAAAGAGAUGUGAAAUGAAGGUGACUUCAGAUUUUUCUUGCACAACAUUGCUCCCAUGUUACAUGAUAAACCAUUUUUUAAAAAAAACUGGUAGAGGUUUAAGAAUUUUUUUAAAAAAAAUUACAGCAUGGGUGUCGCCUGCUGACACUUUUUAAAAAUAAUGUUAAGAAUUCCACCUGGCUUGUACAAGCCCUUUGCGCAAGUUCAGGCAAUUCUGUGGACCCAAGCCUAUGUAACUCAAGUAUUAAAGCAUCAUUGUAUGCAGUCGCGGGUAAUUUGUUACGCCAGUUUGUUACUGCCACUAAGGUAUUGAUACUGCACUGUGAGAUUUUACUGUUUUGAUUACUUGUGUAUAUGCAUUCAAAGCUAUAUAAAUGCGAGCCUCAGGA